UUGAGUGUGUGGGCGGGGUUUGUGCUCUCUGGCAGUGACAGCGGAGUCGGCGAGUGAGCGGGACGAAGCGGCUUUUCAAUUAAUAACAAAACUAAACCUGUCCAAAUAUCGUAAGCCCAGCGAAGGAAGAGUUUACAACAGCCUGGGAAGCCGCCAUGUCAGGAGAUGAGAUGAUUUUCGAUCCCACAAUGACCAAGAAGAAGAAGAAAAAGAAGAAGCCUUUCAUGCUGGAAGAAGAUGGUGUUGAACAACAAACAGAGGAGAUGCCAGCGACAGAGUCCAAGGAAGCUGUAAUAUCAGAGAACGUGGAGGAGAAGGUUCCAGAGGUUGAUGAAGAGGACAGCAAGAAGAAAGAUGCAACAGAUGAUUUAGAUGACUUGGACUUCUUUAAUCAAAAGAAGAAAAAGAAAAAACCCAAGAAACCCAUUGGGAUUGACAAUGGUGUAAAGAUUGAAAAUGAGGUGACUGAGCAGGGAGAGGGUGACGAUGAUGCCUUUGACAUGAGCAUGAUGAAGAAGAAGAAACCAAAACCUGUAACCUUCAUGGUUGAGGAAUUAAAUGAAAGGACAGAUGAUAAACUUGAUGAUGAUGAAGGCAAAAGGGAUGAUGGCAUCACUUUUUCCACUCAGAGUGGUCCAGCCUGGGCAGGAUCUGAACGAGACUACACUUAUGAUGAGUUGCUGACUCGUGUGUUUAAUAUAAUGCGUGAGAAAAAUCCUGACAUGGUGGCUGGAGAGAAGCGAAAGUUUGUUAUGAAACCACCUCAGGUGGUCAGAGUAGGAACCAAGAAGACGUCGUUUGUGAAUUUCACAGAUAUCUGUAAACUGUUACAUCGCCAACCUAAACAUCUUCUGGCAUUUUUAUUGGCUGAGUUGGGUACAAGUGGAUCCAUUGAUGGCAACAACCAGCUUGUAAUCAAAGGGAGGUUUCAGCAAAAACAAAUAGAAAAUGUGUUAAGGAGAUACAUCAAGGAGUACGUAACCUGCCAUACUUGUCGGUCGCCAGACACCAUCUUGCAAAAGGACACACGGCUGUAUUUCUUGCAGUGCGAGACCUGUCAUUCACGCUGUUCUGUGGCCAGCAUCAAAACUGGAUUCCAGGCUGUUACUGGCAAGCGUGCACAGCUCCGUGCCAAAGCACAUUAGCCUAAACCUUAACCACUGGAGAGAACAGGAACUGGGAGUUUAAUGUAAUAGGGCUGUUUUACCAAACAAGGGGUGGGUUUUAAUAAGCGCAUUAAAAUAUUAAAAAAUUAAAAUGCUGCUGACUCGGCAAAGCAAAAACGAGAAUGGUGAGCAUUGUUCCCUGAAGCCUUCCCAAGCCACAAAGUUUAUCGUAACAACAGUACUGUUGCACUGCUCUCUGUUCAUAUCCUGUCCAGUUAGCAGUAUAAAUGCAGGAAGAAAAUUGCCUUUUAUACCUUGUAGGCUGCUGGAGGUACAGCUCAAUUUCCUGGAGCUUGGGCGUGAUCCACUGAAUGUUUGAAUGCAUAAUUUCUUGUUGAUUAUACCUCACCCUGGCUGUUGGUUAUUCCACUGUCUGGCUGCUGUAUUUUUUUUACUGGAGGGAGGGUGGGGCGGAGGGGGAGUUGGCCAAAUUGUGCAAAAUAAGUUUGGAAAUUUAUUAAAUGAAUUCCCUGAGAAAUAUUUAAAAUUGUUGCAUUUUUUAAUUAAUUCCAUCAUUCUAAGUCACAACUUUUCAGAUGCCAGGGUGAGGUCUGGGCUACAAAGCAUAACCUAUGCUGAUUUUUGCAGUGGUAAUGAAGGUUUAUCCAUUUUCAGCCUUGGAAAAGCUUGGAGAGAGUUUUAAAGCAAAACACUUUGUGUUGAACUGAUUACAGGCUCCCGACUGUACACCAACGGUGACAAGUGUGCAAGAAUAAGAUGUAAUAAAGUAGUGAUAAUAGUGGUUAACACAGUCA